AUGGUGCUUUUUGCCCCCGCAAAGCUGAAAUAUUCGGAUGUUUCCCCCCACUCCCUCAGAGCCGUCAGCCUCGAACACGGCCCCCAGUACAGCGCCAUCUACUGGGAAACUGGCCACCGCUCUUGGCUUCCCUUUUGGGCCGCAGCCACUCAGAAGUUCACCUGGAAACUCAUCGACGACCAGCUGCGGGGGCUGCUGCGCAUGACUCUGGCCGUGAGUCGGGAGCCUUUUGUGUUUUAUUCUUCUCCAAGAAGUUAUUUUAGAAAUUAUUUUGGAGACCCAGAUGUCCACUUGGUGUCUCCUUUAGCAGCAAAGUUUCGCUUCAGCUUCAACGCAGCAGGAGUGGAGGCUUUCGAGGACCUGGACGAGCUGCUGCAGCAGCAGCUGCUGCAGCAGCAGCAGUGCAGCAGCAGCAGCAGCGCAGCAGCAGCAAGCCACUUCUUUGCUAGUGAAAAAGAUAAAACUGAUGCCAUUGAUGCUAUCCGAAAAAGCGCGAAAAUCGCAGAACAGCCCUGA